AUGCGGGCGUCACUCUGCCUGUUGCUGCUCGUCGCCCACGCCGUGGACAUGCUCCCCCUGAACCGAAGGAAGAAGCAAGUGGGCACUGGUCUGGGGGGCAACUGCACAGGCUGUGUCAUCUGCUCAGAGGAGAAUGGCUGCUCCACCUGUCAGCAGAGGCUCUUCCUGUUCAUCCGCCGGGAAGGUAUCCGCCAGUACGGCAAGUGUGUGCAUGACUGUCCCCCCGGCUACUUCGGCGUUCGCGGCCAGGAGGUCAACAGGUGCAAAAAAUGUGGGGCCACAUGUGAGAGCUGCUUCAGCCAGGACUUCUGCAUCCAGUGCAAGAGGCCGUUUUACCUGUACAAGGGAAAGUGUCUGCCCACCUGCCCACCGGGCACCACAGCCCAGCAGAGCACACAGGAGUGCCAGGAGGAGUGUGAGCUGGGCCCCUGGGGCAGCUGGAGCCCCUGCACACACAACGGGAAGACCUGCGGCUCAGCCUGGGGCCUGGAGACCCGCGUGCGGGAGGCCGGCAGGGCCGUGCGGGAGGAGGCAGCCACCUGCCAGGUGCUGUCUGAGUCAAGGCAAUGUCCCAUUCGGAGGCCCUGCCCAGGAGAGAGUAACCCCAACCAGAAGAAGAUCGGGAAAGAUCGGCGCCCGCGCAAGGACCGGAAGCUGGACGAGGAGACCCCAGAACCCAGAGCUGUGGAUGCCUCCAGCUCUGGCCAAUCCCUGGAGGCAUUUCCACAGCCCUCAGCCACCAGCUCCCCUGGGAAGCCCCCGGAAGAGUCUCAGGGCUUCCUGCUGCCCCAGCUGGCCACGGAGGAGCCACGACGGGGCCUCUGGCUGGUCAACCAGCCCCCUGCCCUCCUGUGGCGCAGAGUCACCCUCCUGGGAGCUGCCUGCUGCACUCAUCAGUGCUCCCUCAGCACCCUCCCUCUCGUGGUUCCCUGGCCCCUGUGUCCUGAGCCCACGCCUGCGACCCCCGCACGCCAGCCGGAAGAGCAGGAGGCAUCUCCUCACUGCCUGUCGUCCUGCCAAGUGCCUCGUUCUUCCUUUGCUCCCCUGACUCCCCAGGAAGCGGUGCUCCCAAUUCACAUUGGCAUUUCCAGCAGCCGAGAGCAGGGAGAGCGUGAGACCCCAGGAGCCCAGGGUGGCCUGGGAAUUGGGGCUGUCAGCUGGCUGGAGAAGAGGCUAAAGGUGAUGAAGUAG